GUGUGGGAUGCGUGGUUAAUGUUACCAAGUUUGGUCCAUUACACAAAGUGAUACCCUGCCUAUAUAAACUAGUCCAUUGUAGAACUGCAUUCAUUGCAAAUACUCGAUUCUCUGCAGCUGCAGACUUACUGUUUAACAGUGACUGGAAACUUACAGCCAAGAGAUGACUCUACUAAACACUGCAGCUGCUGCUGCUCUUCUACUGUGCUUGUUUGCACAUACUGGUGACUGUUUCUUGCCAGUGAGGGUGGGACAACUCUCCUCCCCACGAAGCGACUAUUCUAUCUCGGGUCUGGUAUACCUGUUGGACAGGUCGUCCAUCUACAUUAAGGACUUCAACUUUGUCUGGAAAAACACUGUCCCAGGGCUAUCAUUGGAACUAAACGACAUCACCUACGGCAACAACUCCGUCAUAGAAAUGCUAGAAGUCAGAGACGGUGCAGCAAGCUCUCUCAUAUGUUCGACAAACAGCCUGAUUUGUUGCCGUGCUAGGGAAAACCCUCUCGGGGUCCCUCAGGGGGAGUGGUACUAUCCGAAUGGGACCCUUGUGCCGAGUCGGAAGGAUAGUGCUGGUCACAGUGUGUAUCGGUCGCGAGGGAAUGGGGAAGUCCGUUUGAACAGGGUAGGGACUACUUUACCCUCUGGCAAGUAUUGCUCUAAAGUACCGACUCUGAGCGGAGAAUGGGAGACUAUGUGUAUCAAUCUGAUAUCCACAGAGACUGCCAAUUCAGAUACGCAUACGAAAGAUGGUCACUUCUGUGUCGGCUACACUACUGACGUAAACACUCCUGUUGCCAUGCAACUGACCGAGACAACCACUGGUUUCAACUCUCCCUAUUCUGUGUCAGACCUCGAGUUCAGCCUACCCAGCGACCGUGACGUCAGAAAGCUCGCCUGGAUCGGAGUGUGUAGUAAUACAAACGAGGUCAUAGCGCGUAUCACCGUCCUCCCCGGCUGCAUGCUGAGACUACCUUGCAAGGCUUCCUACCUGGGGGAACUCCCCAAUGUGGGGGGCGAGGGCGUUAGUGGGCGUGUCUAUCUCGUCAAUAGAGUGACCUUUGCUGUUCUUUGCUUCAACUAUGAGAACAACAAGCAAAACGAUGCCAUUUUCUUAACCGGUGUUGGUGUCCGUGACAACAAUGGCUAUCAGAUGGCUUCAUUUAACGAUGAUGUGUUUGUCUCGCUGGGUGCUAUUGAGGACCAAGACCUCCUCCUCACCAUCCCGGACAGUGCAGAGGGCGUGGAACUCAAUUACUUCACUGUGUGGAGCAGGAGCAGAAAUGAGGAAAUUAGUACUGUGAAGUUCUCAGCUGAUGUUAUUCCCUCUCUUCCUGACAAAAUAUUGGGUCUGAGGUUGGGUACAUUUGUUCCUCGACUUCAUAAGGUGGGGGGUACUAGUUACGCUAUGAACGACACACACAUGUAUGUUCAAGAAUUCAACUAUGACGGAACUGGACCUGCUGUCAGUUUCCGUGCUAUCCGCGGGACCCACUACCUGGACGUACGCGAAUAUGCUGACAUGACAGACGAGAAUGGAGACACUGGUGACCUACGACAAUACAACAAAGAGGACAUUGUGUUAGCUCUCCCCUCAGGCUACACUGUGCACAACACCGACCAGGUCAUCAUCUGGUGUGAAGAAUUCAAGACAAGCUUCGGAGAACUUGUCAUUCCCUCAACUGUUAAUUUUGAGACGGGGGUGAUGACGAGCAUCCAGCCACAACCGCCCACACCACAAGAAGUGUGCCCACCACUCAUAUCUGAGACUACUGGUAACUGCAAGCGUCUCCAUGACGACUUGAAACUCAAAUGGGUGCUUGACGAGGAGCAGAAUCAGGCAACCUUUGAACUCUGCGGCUGUAAUCUGGACGAUCAAUAUGUUGCCUUUGGACUCAGCGGUAGAAACACUGGUGUCCAGAUGUACGGCAGUGAUGUAAUGUGGGCGUGGCAAGACAACACUGGGGUACACGCCCAGGAGCUCAACAUCAACGCCUACGCACAGUGUAACCUCCAGACUGGUGUAGGAGCUUGCCCUGAGGCCACUAGCAACGUGUACGCUGUCUCCUCACACACUGAAGGGUGCACCACCUGCUUCAAGUUCACUCGACCAAUCACAGCCAGUGAUGGUUUUGACAAGGCCAUCACACCUGAUGAUAAACAGUGGGUGGUGUGGGCUAUUGGUCCAGUCGGCAACGUGGCCACACCCUCUGGUAUAGUCUCCAUUCCAUUCAAGCACUACCUCAGACCAAGCUACACAGAAAAUUUUGAAAUUGAAUUUGGACGUGCUCCUGAGGAUGAAUGUGGUACAGCAUCGUGUUUCUGCGACAUCCAGACUCCGCUGUAUCCAUGGAGACAAGAGAUACUGGAGGAGACGAGGACCAUCUCAGUGAGGAUUGGACAGAGCGGAGGCAAGAGAGGCUAUGCUGGGAUCACAGGGGUUGUUGGUUGGGGCAUCUCCAUGUACCUCAAUGGUACCCUCAUCCCAAGGACCACCCUCUACCGUGGCUUCACAUACACCUUUGUCACGGAAACGGGUAACGACCCUAGCAACCCUGCUCGUUAUCACCCCUUCUACAUCACCAAUAGUGCGAGAGGAGGCUACAUGACACAGUCAGAAGAGGUCAAAAAGGCUGAGACCAUCUAUGCUGGAAUGGACUCCAAUGGCAACUGGCAAGGAGUUGGGCGGUUCUGUUACUAUGGGCCUAAUGGUACUGACCAGGCUGACAACGUGGAGUCCUUCAGUGAAUACAACAAAACACUGACCCUGCAGUGUGAGGAGGGGGAGCCGGGGGUGUUCACUUGGACCCCGGAUGAGACCACACCCAAUGAAGUCUACUACCAGUGUGCUACUCACCAGUAUCUUGGCUGGAAGCUGGAUAUUGUUAAACCACCCCCUGAACUUCGCCCCAUUGAGAUUUUCGUGCCUACCAUUAGUCCUCUAAUUUUUGGCGACACCGUGAAAGUGAUAUUUGAAACGAGCAAGGUGGCGGAGUCAGUCGAAUGUCAGCUGGUGAACAUUGACGAUAACUCGAUAGUACCUGUUAGCAUGUUCAAUCCUUAUACAAGAUCAUAUUUGUGCAACGCGACCGAUCUACUACCUGCCCGCUAUGAGAUAAGAAUCACUGUUAACAAGGGUUUGAGCGAAGAGGUGACUUUCAAAAGGCGGUUUGAAAUAUUCCUCGAUCCUAUGAGUUGCGGACUGUAUUUGACAAGUGACGGAAUUACCUUCGACAAAAACAGAGCUUUGCUCACCGUGUCCUUUAAUUUCAAUGGAGUAUACGAAGCCCUCUCUUGCACUACAAACAACCGACCCACUCCCUGUGAUAGCGGGCAGUACAGCUCAGCUGAUGUGUCACUAGAUCCUGUUUGGAAUAUAGUGUGCAUUGAAGCGAAGGAAUGUGAUGGGGACGAAAUGGAAGGUCUUACAAUUCAUUUCAACAAACAAUCUGGUGACAUAAUGACGAGUAACCAUGACAACUGCUCGUCCCUCCCCAUUAACCCCUUGAUCACUACGAGCACGCGACCACAACCCACACCAUCGGAGCCCCCACGCACAACUACAACUACAGAUGUUACAGAUAUUGUUACAAGCACAAUAAUGACGACUGAUAUCAAACAAAUUUCGACCAGCUCUAAAAAGAUCGUUAUUAUACCUUCUAGCUCGCAAAUAUCCACUGUACAUUUGACGUCUGCAAUAGUUGCAACAAGUACAGAUAUUGUUACAAUGACGACUGAUUUCAGACAAACUUCGACCAGCUCUAAAAAGAUCGUUAUUAUACCUUCUAGCUCGCAAAUGUCCACUGUACAUUUGACGUCUGCAAUAGUUGCAACAAGUACAGUGUAUGUGCAGUCCACUCCUUUGCCCAGUGUUACUUCAACGCCACUUGCGAUGAUUGGUCCGUCGUCGAGUGUGGGCGUGCAAUCUACUCGGGUUGCUAUGGAUACGAGUCGAGAGGGGGUGAUCCCGACAGGACUUCCCGACAUUAGUGUCAACAUUCAACAAGGUGGAGUGAGUAAUGGCUGCCCCCCUGCCCCUGUGUCAGCAAUAGCCACAUUGAUACUGGUGGUUCUCAUCACUGUCUGUGUCAUCUCAACUAUGACAGCAUUAAAUUGAAAUGUUACGUACAUUACACAACACAUUUUUACUGGACAGUUAUUACAUAGACGGUAGCCAUAGUUACAAUGAACUUUUGCCUGCUGGGAGGGCAACAUUGAUAUUUUCCAUGUGUUCAAUUUUUGACAUUUUCAUCAAAUUUUAAAGAGUGUUUUAUUA